AUGGCGCCGGUGAAGAAGGCCAUGGCCGACGCUGGCCUUGCCAAGAGCGACAUCGACGAGAUCGUCCUCGUCGGCGGCAGCACCAGGAUCCCCAAGGUGAGGCAGCUGCUCAAGGACUACUUCGACGGGAAGGAGCCCAGCACCGGGGUCAACCCCGACGAGGCCGUCGCCUAUGGCGCCGCCGUGCAGGGAAGCAUCCUGUCCGGAGAGGUUGACGACAACACAAAAGAUGUGGUGGUUCUUGAUGUGACGCGGCUGACACUGGGCCUCGAGACCGCCGGAGGAGUGAUGACGAGCCUGAUCCCCAGGAACACGGUGGUGCCGACCAAGAAGACGCAGGUGUUCACCACGUACCAGGACAAGCAGACCACGGUCACCAUCAGGGUCUUUCAGGGUGGGAGGAGCAUGACCAAGGGCAACAAGCUUCUUGGCAAGUUUGAUCUCACCGGAAUCGCACCAGCACCAAGGGGCAAGCCUGAGAUCGAGGUCACCUUCGAGGUUGAUGUCAAUGGCAUCCUCCACGUGCAGGCGGCGGACAAGAGCACCGGCAAGUCGGAGAAGAUCACCAUCACUAGCGACGACAGCCGGCUUAGCCAGGAUGAGAUCGACCGCAUGGUCCGUGAGGCGGAGGAGUUCGCCGAGGAAGACAAGAAGGUUAAGAAGAAGGUCGACGCCCGGAACCAGCUCGAGACGUACGUUUACAGCGUCAAGAGCACCGUCGACGGCGAGCUGGGCGGCAAGAUGGACGGCGACGACAGGGAGAGGGUCGAAGAGGCGGCGAGGGAGGUGAAUGAGUGGCUCGACGCCAACCCGGACGCCGAGAAGGAAGACUACGUGGAGAAGCUCAAGGAGUUGGAGGAUGUCUGCAACUCUGUCUUCUCCGGAGCCUACCAGAGGUCCGGCGGCGAGGAUGGAACCGAGGACGACCAUGACGAGGUUUAGGCUUUGGUUUUUGUUCUUAGCUAGCUUAUAGU